GUCAAACACUUAACCCUAAUGCUAAGCGGCUAUAUAAAUAGAAGAUCUUUAUUCUGAUAUUAUCUCUACAACUUUUUUAUCUUGAAAAAAAAAAUGAAAGGAAUAACAAAAAAACUUUUGGUCUCCCGCUCUCUCAAACGUCUGACGGCCAAGAAAAACCGGAGGAAGAUUCAUCGAGAGACGAACAAGCGUCUCAAACCGGAGGAAGAUCCAUCGAUGGUGAAGAGGCGUCAAGACUCUGAUUCAGAUUCGCUGGAGAAGGAGGUUUCAGUUGUUGUAACCAAGACGAGUGAUGAUGAGAUGGUGUCAACAGAUACCAAAAAGAAUUAUUUUCAAAGAAUAUGGAGUGAUGAUGAUGAGAUUGUUUUGCUGCAAGGCAUGGUUGAUUUUGAGAAUGAUAAAGGGAAGAGUCCUUAUGAUGAUAUGACUGGUUUUAUUGAUACGGUGAAGAACUUCAUUAGCUUUCAAGCGAAUCAACAUCAAUUCACAACCAAAAUCCGUCGCUUGAAGGACAAGUUCCUCAAGAAAUGGAACAAUGGUGUAGAUGAGAACUCUCUUGUAAAUGCUCACGACCGGAAAUGUUUUCAACUUUCCAAAGUAAUUUGGGAACCUACAACUAAGGUGGAGGAGGUAGGAGAUUGGUUUGUAAAUUCUUAUCUUGUAGGAUCAAUUGCGAGGUUAGGGGUGAGUGAAGACGUAAUGAAACAGAGUUGGAGCAUGGUUCCGAUAGAGACGAAGAAGGAGGUCGAAGAGAAGUUCAAGCUGUUGAAAGAUGAAGAAUCUGAAAACCUACGGCUAAAGACAAGUUUUUUGCAAAAGGUCAACUCUAUGAUCAUUGAAGCAACAAAUUAGACAAGUAUCGAAUUAGAGGUUUAAUGCAUCUUUUUCAUUUCCAUCCCAUAUGAGUCUGUUUUUUCUAUUUGGUUUGUUAUUGGUUUUUGAUACUUGGAUUGUGUUGUUAAAAACACUAUGGAAGAACGGCAGAUUAAAUUUUAAUGCAUCCAAUUGUGGU